AUGGCAUACGAUACAAGACUGGUGAUUUUCAUGAUUUUUCAAGUUUUCAAAUGGCUAAUAUGUUUCCUGAAUAUAUCGGGAAAGUGGACAUUUUAUCAAAUGCAGAAAAUAUUAAAAACCUGUUUAAGAUGGUAUAUGAUAAAAAAUCUGUAAGUGAGCAUAAUGGUGCAUAGAAUUGGUAAUACUUUACUUUUAGAUGAAUUUGAUAUCGAGAAACACUUGAUCAAUGUAACAAAUGAAAAAUGGAACUGGUUAAAAAAAUACUUUUACAUAAAAAUUGUAAAAUCUGAUAAUACUAAGGUGAAAUGUAUUACUUAUAAACAGAAUGAUUUAAACAGUAUACAACAUAAAGUUUUGGUAUCAAAAUUUCUGCACCAUAGCAUUGCAUUAAAUUCCAAUAAUGAUCAAAUAAAAAAUAACGUUUUUCAUAAUGCAACUUCGCCACCAGCUUUUCCUCUACCAAAAAUUAUACCAGAAGAAGUAUUUUUACAUUUUUCUCAAAAGCAUCAAUUAUUAUUUAACAGAAAUGUUUUAUGGUGUUUUGAAGACUUACAAAUGUUGAUAGGUACAGAUUUACCAGUUUUUGAAAAUGGCAAUAAUUCUUCUUUAAGUCCAAGACUGAGAGAUAUGUCAAAACCUUUCAGUAUGUUGACUGGACUUGAUUAUUGGCUAGAUAAUUUAAUAUGUGAUAUCCCACAAAUUGAAUUCUGUUAUCAUAUAAAUGGUAUUGUCCAAAAGUAUGAGUUAGUGAAAACAGAAGAUUUACCAUAUUUGAACGAUUCAAAAUUUUCACCAAAUAUUAUUAGUAAACAUAUGAAAUAUAUAUUAUCAAUUUUAAAAUCAAAUGCACGCUACAAUGGAUAUACAUACUGGUUAUUUAAAGGGAAAAAUGACAAUAUGAUGUAUGUUAAUGAUUUGACAAAAUUUUGUUCUGAAUCAUUAAUUGAUAAUCCAAAUCCAUUUACAGUUCCAGUAACUAGUUUAUUGUACCAUAUUGCUUGUAAAUUAAAACAUAACCCAGAAGAUGGGAAAUCAUAUGAUCCAGUUACUAUUAUACAUUCACUAAACAGUUGUCUAAAUUUAUUAAAUAAAACUAAAUACCCUCAAGCUGUUACAUCUAUCAAUUACAUGCUAUCAGAUAUCUAUAUUGCGGCUUAUAAUAAUCCAUUAAGCAAUGUAAUUCAAGAUUUAACUUGUUUAGAUGAGAAAUAUGCUACUACUGCACCUGAAUGCUCUAUACCAAAAGCUAUAGAAAAAUGUUUGUAUAAAGCAUUGUAUUAUAUUGGAUGCAGUUUAAGUUGCUUACAAUAUUUCAAAAACGAUAGAGAUAUAACGGUUGAAUCUCGCUUCAGGCGAAUACUUAUCGAAAAAGCAGCUGAUGUUUAUUAUAAUUUAGGCGCAAAAUGUUAUACAUCAAAUAAUUAUGGAAUAGCAUUAAAAUGUUUUCGACGAUCACUUGAAUGUCAACUAUGUGUUAACAAUACUUCUAUCUUCUACAGUAAAUUGGCACAUAUACUAGAAUAUUGUGGUAAUUGUUAUCUGUCAAUUUCAAGUUUUUAUGAUAAAAUAGAACAGUAUACAAGUGAGAUUGAAACUGAUGAAUUCUAUGAUGUUGAAUUAAGAAAAACAUUAAUAAKUAAUUCUCAAGUUUUCACUAUUAAAGAUUUAAAUUUAAUUUUGAUGAGACUCAAUGAAUCUAAAGAAAGCAUGUUAAGUGCAGCAGAACAUUGUUACUUGCGAGCUUUGGCAUUAGGAAUAAAUGUUGAGAAAAAAAGUACUCUUAAUAGACGACUAGGCUGUGUUUACAGCGAAUACUCUUCAUUUUACAUGAGUGAAAUAGUUGCAAAUUAUUAUACACAACUAGCAGAAUAUUCAUCAAAUUUUCCGAUUCAUAUCAAAGAAUUUAUGAAAAAAGAAAAUUUAUAUCUUGAGGCUGUGAAUAUUAACAAGACAAUUUUAUCUGAGCUCGACGACCGUAGUUCUGAUCCAAAACUUUGGGAUAUGGUUUACUAUGAUUUAUCUUCAGUUCAGUACUAUUUGUCAGUUCAAAACUAUUCAKCUUUAUGGCGAGAAAAUUCAAAAAACUAUAAAGAAUGUAUCAAUUCAUUCGUAAUAGCUUUGAAAUAUUGCGAUUUGGAAAAUGAUACACCCAAUAAAUUUAGAUAUGAGUAUCAAGCCGCACAUAUAAACUCACAUCUGGGAUCUUUGUAUUCUGUUUGUUUUCAGAAUUCUCAAGAGGCCGAUUCUGUUUUACCUCAGGCUAAAACUUACUAUAGUAAUUCAUUUGAAUUAUUUCAUAAAAUAAAUUGUCCAUUGGAAUCUCUUGAAGUUCUCGUAAAAAUGAUAAUAUUAGACAUGCACUUUGUUAAUAGUAUUACAAGCAUAUGGCAUGUUAAACAUAUCAAGUCCAUUAUAAAAACAUUGGGAAAAUGUAAUAUAGUGUUUUUGAAAUUUUUGGACAAUAAGGACACAUUUAGAUAUAUACUUAAUACAUACCAAAUUGAAGAGCUGRCCAUUGAAGGCAAAUUAAACUUUAAAAUGAGAAAACUAAAUCUUUUAGAAACUCUAAAAGAAAAUGUGUGUAAGCUCUUGAAAUAUAUGAUUAAGAUGGCCACGAAUAAAACAUUUAACUGGCUAACUGAUAAAGAAGAUGAACUGAAAACCAUCUAUCKUGCACUGUUAAAGAAUACAGAUGGUGACAAUGAUAAUUCACAAAUAAUCAUUGCUGUAAAACAAUUAUCUAAAUUUAGUGAUGAUUAA